CCCCCGUGUACCAUUCCCCAUGUCAACUGACUGGGGAUUUCCUUCUAAACAGCAGGUUCCCCAGUUCUCUACGCUGUUGCAGUGGGUUGGAUUCUCACUUUGAAACAAUGGACAACAGUCCCCUGCAGGUGUUGACUGUUCCUACUGCCCCCUACCCUGACCAGAGACCCGGCACCAACGGCCUAAGGAAAAAGGUCCAUGUGUUUCAGUCCAGGAGGAACUACCUACACAACUUCAUCCAGAGUAUCUUCUCCUCCAUUGACCUACGUGACCGCCAGGGAUCAACAGUGGUGGUGGGGGGAGACGGUCGCUUCUUCAACCGAACAGCUAUUGAGGUCAUUGUGCAGAUGGCAGCUGCCAACGGGGUGGGUCGUCUGAUCAUUGGACACCAUGGGGUAAUGUCCACACCAGCCAUCUCCUGCGUGAUCAGGAAAUACAAAGCCAUCGGUGGCAUCAUCCUCACUGCCAGCCACAACCCCGGUGGACCAGAUGGAGACUUUGGCAUUAAGUUCAAUACUGCAAAUGGAGGCCCAGCCAAGGAGGCUGUCACAAACAAGAUCUUUCAGAUCAGCAGGACCAUUGAGGAAUUUACCAUCUGCCCGGGGCUGAAAGUGGAUCUGACAACCCUGGGCAAACAGAUGUUUGAUCUGGAGAACAAGUUCAAACCCUUCACAGUGGAAAUUGUGGACUCUGUGGAAUCCUACGCUAACUUGUUGAGGAACAUCUUUGACUUUGCUGCUCUGAAGGAGCUUCUAUCUGGUGAAAGCCACAUCAAGAUAAGACUAGAUGCCAUGCAUGGAGUGGUAGGACCGUAUGUGAGGAGAAUACUCUGUGAGGAGCUCGGCUGCCCUGCCAAUUCUGCCAUCAACUGUGUCCCAUUGGAGGACUUCGGGGGUCAACACCCAGAUCCUAACCUCACUUACGCAGCAGAUCUGGUUGACAGCAUGAGAGAUGGACAAUAUGAUUUUGGUGCAGCAUUUGAUGGUGAUGGGGACCGUAACAUGAUCCUUGGUAAGCACGGCUUCUUUGUCACCCCACCUGACUCUGUGGCUGUGAUCGCUGACAACAUCUUCUGCAUCCCGUACUUCCAGCAUACAGGGGUGAGAGGCUUCGCCCGCAGCAUGCCUACAAGCGCAGCCUUAGACAGAGUAGCCAAGGCAACAAAAAUAGAGUUAUAUGAAACUCCCACUGGGUGGAAGUUCUUUGGGAACCUAAUGGAUGCAGGCAGACUGUCUUUGUGUGGAGAGGAAAGCUUUGGUACAGGUGGAGACCAUAUUCGUGAGAAGGAUGGACUUUGGGCCGUGCUGGCAUGGCUGUCUAUCCUGGCCACUAGAGGGCAGAGUGUGGAGGACAUUCUUAAGGACCAUUGGCUAAAAUAUGGAAGAAACUACUUCACAAGAUAUGACUAUGAGAAUGUAGACAUAGAUGCAGCUUGUGAGAUGAUGGAGGAUUUGGAGAUUAUGAUAGCUGACAAGUCCUUCGUGAAGCAGAGAUUCGCUGUGGAAGACAAAAUCUACCAAGUGGAAAAGGCAGACAACUUUGAGUACACAGACCCGGUAGACAGCACCAUCACCAGAAACCAGGGUCUGCGGAUAAUGUUCUCUGAUGGUUCUCGAAUCAUCUACAGACUCAGUGGGACGGGAAGUGACGGGGCAACAGUUCGAAUCUACAUAGACAGCUAUGAGAAGGAGCAGGUCUUUGAAGACACACAGGUGAUGCUGGCACCCCUGGCAACCAUCGCUCUCAAGAUUUCUCAGCUCCAUCACAGGACAGGUCGAAGUGGCCCAUCAGUCAUCACAUGAUUCCUCCCUCCAUUAUUACUCAACUAUUGCCAUUCUUGUUUUUCUUUCCAGAUUUUUGUAUAAACUGAGCUUCAGUUCCAAGCGUAGCUGCACAACAUGUAUAAGUUUGCAUUGUAGGCUUAAAUGUAUUCAGUGAUUAUCUCUUUACCACAUUAAACUGCUUUUUAUUUUUGGUCA